GAUUGGAGCAGUUCAGAGCGAGUCGUCCUGUUUCAUUCAGUAGCAGGGAGGAAGGCGGCAGGAAGACACGGUACCCCGACCUAAGUAACACCCCAAUCUGGACCAGAGACAUGGCUUCGAAUAAUGGCUCCGUCGGCAAAUGGGAGGUAGUGAAGAAAGGGAAGAAGAAUAACAGCAGCAGCGCAGGAGCAGCGAAGAACACGAGUGACAAGAAACCCGGCAGCGGGGGAAGGAAAGCCCUGGGCGAAUCUAACCAGCCGUCCAGACCACCCCUGAAGAUGUCAGAGACUCUGUUCGACGGCUUUGAGAAGAUGGGGAAGAAACAGAACAAGGAGCAGGUUCCACCGCCAGCCGAGCCCGACAACAAGAAGCCCUCAUCAACAAAACCAUCCAAGAAACCAAACUCCAGCAGUGCAGUCACCCCCUCGACUCAUAAGACCCUCGAGGAAGCCUUCAAAAGUUUGGAUAUCGCAGACCUGAAGCAGCAGUUGGCCCGCAGUCAGACCUUGUUUCCAGAAAACCCAUCAGUGUGGGUCAAAGACCUGGCAGGAUACCUCAACCUCAAUCUGACUGCACCAGAGACUGAGCCCACACUCAGCAGCUAUACCCAUGACUACCCAUACUGCCUUUCAGGAAAAGAGCUAAAGGGUGUGAUCAAAGGCCUCAUCGGACGCUGCAGCGACAUUCUGCCAGAUUUCUUCGACCACUGUGUUUAUACUAUGCUCAGGGAGCUGGACAGACAGUCAGGAGAACCUCUGCAUGGCUACAGAGUUUGCAUCCAGGCAAUCCUACAGGAUAAACCCCGGAUAGCCACCCAAAACCUGCCAGAGUAUUUGGAGUUGCUGCGAUCAGUUCAGAAUCGUCCUGUGAAGUGUCUGACCAUCAUGUGGGCUCUCGGCCAAGCUGGAUUUUAUGACCUCAGCCAGGGACUAAGAGUGUGGCUGGGUAUCAUGCUUCCUGUGUUGGGAGUGAAGUCCUUGUCUUCGUAUGCCAUCGCAUAUCUGGAGAGACUUCUCCUACUUCAUGCAAACCUGACAAAAGGAUUUGGCAUCAUGGGUCCGAAAGAAUUCUUUCCUUUACUGGAUUUUGCCUUCAUGCCCAAGAACGCCCUGCCUUCAAGUCUGCAGGAGCAGCUGAGGCGUCUGUACCCUCGACUGAAGGUCCUCGCAUUUGGAGCCAAACCUGAGAGCACGUUACACACAUACCUGCCAUCAUUUCUGUCCAGAGCCACACCACACUGUCCAGAUGAUAUGAAGAGAGAGUUGCUCAGCAGUAUGACAGAGUGUUUGUGUGUAGAUGUCCAGAGUCUAGGAGUGUGGAGGCAGCUCUAUACUAAACACUUACCGCAGUCCAGUCUGCUGUUGAACCAUUUAUUGAAGUCUUGGAAUGUCCUGCCACCAAAGCUCCGGAAGAACCUUGAAGAAACAAUCCAGUCUUUCAGAGUGACCAAUGAGGAGAUGAGAGACACUGUUGAAUCUCAGGAGCUUCAGGAGUGCAAUAGCCUGUGUCAGAAUCUGCAGGUGAAGAUGCGUGGUCAUGGGUUCCCCUGGUCCAAACUGCUCAUGGUUCUGCUCGUGUUUGCUGCAGGCUUCAUCGCUCACGACAUAAGAUCCCAAGGCUCCUUCGCAGAUUCCACCACAGCCUUGUAUCUGCGCAACUCAGGGGUCACAGCUGUAUCUCAGCAGGCGUGGGGCAAAAUAAAGGUGUACUCUACACAAGGCUUCAGCUGGUUGGAGACAAACACUCCUCAUUAUUACUCUGAGUGUGUGCGGGUUUUGGGGCCACUAAUGGACCAAGGUUUGGAAAAAGCAAAAACAGCAGCGAUCUUCAUCUCUGAAAACACCACGCAGUUUAUUCUCUGGGUCAAAGAAAAGACACCACAGGCCAUAGAAUGGGUGAACACCAACACGCCCGACAGUGUGUUUCAGGUGUUGGCAUAUUUAAAGGAGCUCCUCCUCGCCCUCCAUCAGAAUUACAUCCUACCAGCACUGGCGUACAUAUCUGAACUGCUACAACGAGCAUGGUCCUACCUACAGGACUCUUGCAACGGUGAGGUGUCCAUAUCAUGUCUGCAGGACCACGCUUUGUCCUUCACCAACUCGACGUGGCAGCUGCUCCAACACACGACGUCAGCCAUCAAGACGUGGGCUCAGGAGCUGCUGACACGAGCAUGAUGACAUCACAGAUGCUGACUAAUUUACACACACAUGAAGUUAUACACUCGCACACACACACACUGACCCAAUCUGAGGCUGCCUUUCAGUGCGUCGGCUCCCCUCUCAAGCCGUGAUUGGACACUGUGGGGUCAGACAAACAAACUCUCACUUAAAGGACCCUUCUAUCUCUUCUAUCUCUUGUUUUGGCUACAUUUUUAAAUCAGUUUGCUGUUGUAAAGAUGUUUUUUUCUACCAAUCUUUUUGUCACUGCUGGACACAGAGGUCCUCUCUUUCUCUUUGUCUCUUUCUCUUUCUCCCUCCUUCUCUCUCUGAGUUUUCUACUGCACAUUUGAGCUGUGUCUUUAACCUUUGGGUUAAACAGAUUGUGUAAUUUAUAGAACAUGUAGGUUUGUAGAUGAUUUAUAAAAACCAUUUUUAUUUAAAGAUAUAAAAAAAAGUGUUAUGUGAAAACUUGGUAAAGGGCAGAGAAAAGACCAAAAAAGAUAUUCCAGACUUCUCAAAGCCACUGAAGACCUCGUCCGCUAACUUCUGAGGGCCACCUCGUCUCCCAUCAAACCUGAGAAUCUGUCCAGUGGGCGGCUCACAAUGUAAAGCCUCCAACAGGAAAGAUAUUGUGAAGGGUCAUGUCUGCUGGUGGAUGGACUCCUUCAGAAGAUUUUGAGUUGACAGCAUAACUCAACAGGCGUCUCACAUCAGUCCAAAUGGUCCAGAAGAAUAAAUCUACCUGCUGUCUUGUCUGUCCUGCACAUCUCCUCGUCUCGUCAUUGCUGCUCUGUCACCUGUCCGCUGUUUCUCCUGCUUUUUCAUUAGCCAUCACACCUGAGCUAAAAGCAGCAGUCGUGUACUCAUACUUGAAGGCUGAUGAUUUUGUGCGCGUGUGUGUGUGUGUUUGUGUCUGCGUGGAUCAACAAGUUUAUUCUCAAUAAUGGGAACAUGAUUAACCCCGUGCCAACGUCCUCCUGUACGCUAGAAUAUGACUAAGAAAGAAUAAACCCUCGUGUGGGCAAGGCAAACAUUUCUGACCAGCUGAUUCACUAACCCUUCCCCGUAAACAAGAUGUUUGGAUGGAUAUGGCAAUGACUGAUGUCUUACUUUGUAAUGUAAAUGAUUUAUAAUAAAGAUUUCAACCCCA